AUGGGUUGUUUGACAUUCUCAUCGGGAUUAUAUGCCAACCUUUUUACAUUCCUGAGAGAUGAGUUCCAUUUUGAAGACAUUGAUGCUGCUAAAAUCACCAACUAUGUCAAUGGAAGCAUCACUUUCAUCCCUAUCUUCGCUGCAAUCAUUGUUGAUUCAUUUGCUGGCUGCUUUUCCUACUUACCUUAUAGAAGAACUCAGUUGUUACUUUGUUCAUUUUUAAUAUUGAUUCUAAUUUUUUCAAUUAAUUUAAAAUUGAAAAUUAGCGUUUAUGCAACAAUCGUGGUUGAUCAGUCGACGAGUGGUGGUUUCAGAACCGUACAAGCCGCCAUUAAUUCCAUCCCUUCCGGCAACACCAAAUGGACUACCAUUGAUAUCAAAAAAGGCACUUACAGGGAAAAAGUGUAUAUUCCUAGUGAUAAGCCAUUCAUAUUCCUGAAAGGAGCAGGAAGUAAAAACACCUUCAUUUCGUGGAAUGGUCAUGGUGCCAUUAACGAAAGCGCUGCAUUCACAUCUAAAGCCGACAACAUAGUUGCCGAGGACAUAUCGUUCAUUAAUACUUACAACUUUCCCCCAAAGGACAAUAAAAAUGGGAUGGCUACGGCGGUGGCAGCUCAAAUUCAAGGUGACAAAGUGAUCUUCUACCGUUGUGGAUUCUUCGGAUUGCAGGACACAUUGUGGGAUGUUCAAGGCAGACAUUACUACAAAAGUUGUACCAUUGCUGGUGCCGUAGAUUUCAUAUUUGGUGCUGCCCAAUCCUUGUUCGAGAGUUGUACUAUAUUAGUAACUGCAGGGUCCUUAGACGGACCGGGAUACAUCACAGCUCAAGGGAGAGAGAACCCUAACGACAGGAACGGGUUCGUGUUCAAGAACUGCAACAUAGUUGGGGAGGGGAAGGCGUAUCUUGGAAGGCCGUGGAGAGAUUACGCUAGAGUCAUAUUUUCCAACACGCAAAUGUCCGAUAUCAUUGUCCCUGAAGGAUGGGAUGCUUGGAAAAGCGCGGGCAAAGAGAAUCAAUUGUUGCUAUCGGAGUAUAAAUGUUGGGGCCCAGGUUCAACGAAUUCGAGGAGAGUCCGGUGGGCGAAGAAGCUGAGUGAUGAAGUGGCUAACAAGUUAGCAACAUUGUCCUUCAUUGACAAUCAUGGAUGGAUUAAACGAGCCGCCGACAUAAUCGUGGUUGAUCCAUCGAAGCGCGGUGGUUUCACAACCGUACAAGCCGCCAUUAAUUCCGUCCCUUCCAACAACACCAAAUGGACUACCAUUGACAUCAAACCAGGCACUUAUAGGGAGCAAGUGAUUAUUCCUAUGGAUAAGCAAUUCAUCUUCCUGAAAGGAUCCGGAAGUAACAACACCUUCAUUUCGUGGAAUGGUCAUGCCGACAUUAACGAAACUGCUACUUUCAGUUCUGAAGCCGACAACACAAUCGCCAGGGAUAUAACGUUCAUUAAUUCCUACAACUCUCCCCCAAAGGGUAAUAAAAAUCCCUUAGUGCCGGCGGUGGCAGCUCGGAUUCAAGGCGACAAAUCGGCCUUCUACCGUUGUGGAUUCUUCGGAUUGCAGGACACAUUGUGGGAUGUUAAGGGCAGACAUUACUACAAAAGUUGUACAAUUGAAGGUGCCGUAGAUUUCAUAUUUGGCGCUGCCCAAUCCUUGUACGAGGGUUGCACCAUUUCAGUAGCUGCAGGAGCUGUAAACGGACCGGGAUUCAUCACAGCUCAAGGGAGAGAGAAACCUAACGAUACGAACGGGUUCGUGUUCAAGACAUGCAACAUAGUUGGGGAGGGGAAGGUGUUUCUAGGAAGGGCAUGGAGAGAUUACGCUAGAGUCCUCUUUUACAAUACACUAAUGUCCGACAUUAUUGUCCCUCAAGGAUGGGAUGCUUGGAAUAGCUCCGGACGGGAGAAUCAAUUAUCAUUUUCAGAGUAUAAAUGUAGCGGUCCAGGUUCGAUGAGUUCUAAGAGAGUGGGAUGGGCGAAGAAGAUGAGUGACGAAGAGGCUAACAAGUUAGCCACCAUUUCCUUCAUUGAUAAUCAAGGAUGGGUUGAUCAAGCGUUUAAAGUUCUGGGCCCUUAG